UUUUUUUUUUGCUAAUCUGUAAAGAAAUCCAAACAAAACUUCAAACCAUUUUCAUGUACGUUGUUUCAGACUUAGACACAGAGAUCGGGAGUUGAAAGCCAGAAAUCGGAAGAAGAUGGGUCAAACGUUUAGCAGACUCUUCGAUACAUUUUUCGGCAACUCUGAGAUGCGGGUUGUCAUGCUUGGCUUGGAUGCGGCUGGCAAGACAACUAUAUUGUACAAGCUGCACAUUGGGGAAGUCUUAUCGACGGUUCCCACAAUUGGUUUCAAUGUGGAGAAAGUCCAGUAUAAAAAUGUUGUGUUCACUGUUUGGGACGUUGGAGGACAAGAGAAACUGAGGCCAUUAUGGCGUCACUACUUUAAUAACACAGAUGGACUGAUUUAUGUGGUUGACUCCUUGGACCGAGAGAGAAUUGGGAAGGCAAAAACAGAAUUUCAGGCCAUCAUUAACGAUCCAUUUAUGCUGAACAGUGUCAUAUUGGUCUUUGCGAAUAAGCAGGAUAUGAAAGGAGCAAUGACGCCAAUGGAAGUAUGUCAAGGACUGGGUCUAUUCGAUCUCAAACACAGAAAAUGGCACAUACAAGGAACGUGUGCUCUCAGAGGAGAUGGACUUUACGAGGGUUUAGACUGGUUAGCUGGAACUCUCAAGGAGAUGAGAGCUGCUGGAUAUUCUUCAGUAGGGACAUCAUUUUAAAGAUAUAAAAGACUCGCUUGUGCUGUGCAGGUCCAGGUUGGCUGGUCGAAGCCGCUGACUCCUACAAUUUGCAGAUUUCAAAUUGUAAUCAUAGUGUCUUGUUUCCCUUAUCAAACUUGAAAUUAUCAGGUGCCUACUCUUUGGCCUUGACCUUUGAAUGUUAACUGACUAGAAUGUAAUCUAUCUAUCUAUCUAUAUAUAUAUAUAUAUAUAUAUCUUCUUUAGAAGC